AUGGUAGCAAAUAAUGAAAUCGAUGCAAGUAACACCAUAAAGAAUAGUAAAACCAAUGAAAUCAACACAAGUAAUGCUGCAGAUGAUAGUGAAACUAACAAAUAUAAUGGCAUAGAUGAUAGUAAAAUUAAUGUAGUAGAUUAUUAUGAAGAAGCGUAUCGUGGUAGUAUAGAUAUUGUAGACGUGGAGGAUGUAAAUAUGGAUGCUGAAGUGAUUACAUUAAAAGAAGAGAAAUCAUUUUUCAAUUUUGACGAUGCAGAACAACAAAUAAGAGGUUAUGCUGAGUUCAAAGAAUUCAAGACAAAGUUGGGCUGGAGUACUAUGAUUAAAACAGAAAAUGGGAAAAUUAUGCGAAAAAGAACGAUUCUUUGUCACUAUUCAGGUCGAUAUCAAUCAAAAAACUCUACAAAAUCAGGAAAAUCGAUUAAAUUAGAAUGUCCAUGGCAUGUUAAUCUUUCGCAACCAUCAAAGCAAAAUUUAAAUAAUUAUGUCUACAUAACAACACUGAAUGAUGAAUAUAAUCACGAAAUGUGUCCAGAAGCACUUCAGUUCGAAAGGGAUAAGGUGUUUACAAAAGAGAUGAGAGAUGAUGUUGAAUUUUAUGUUAGGCAGUGUCAUUUUGGUGCAACAUUAAUUCGGCGGAUCCUUAAGCAGAAGUAUUCUUUCCACCCAGUCUUUUCCAAGAAUCUAUACAAGGAAAUUCAAAAAUACAAACCAACAGCGCAAUUUAAUCAGGGCGAUGCAGCAAGAUUCUAUGAAGAAUUACUCACCAAACAAUGCCAAGAUCCUUGUUGGUUUGUAGAAUUUAGUGAAUCUAUAGGUCAUGAUAACACAUCAGGAACAAAUUGUUACUGUAUGCCAUUGUCUCUCUUCGUAGCUCGUGAUGACAAUAUGAAGUCUCAAAUAGUCGCACAAGCCCUUCUAAGCGAUGAGACUACUGAAUCAUAUCAAUGGACACUACGUAUGUUAAAGAAAGCAACAAGAGAAAAAAUGCCCGGUGUAAUUAUCACUGAUGGUGACCCUGCUAUGGAACGUGCUGUUUUGAUUGAAUGUUCAACUACUCGGCACCUUUUUUGUAUAUGGCACAUUAAAGAGAAUCUUAAAAAGAUGCUCCGUGGAAAAUUGGGUGCGGAAUUUGAUGAUUUUUACUCUGCAUUCUGGAAGUGUCGAAAUAGUGAUACACCUGAAAGUUUUGAUUAUUAUUGGAAUGAAAUGAUUAGUAAGUAUCCAUUGGUGAAGCAAUAUCUUGAAAGGUACUUAUAUGAAAGACGUAAGUCUUGGGCACGAGGAUUCACAGCAACAUUGUUCACUCUUGGGAUUGAGUCUACUUCCUUCGUAGAGAGUCAAAACGCAUGUAUUAAGCGUGUUCUUGAGAGUAGUAAUACGUCUCUUUGUGAGCUUGGUAAAAUUCUUAUAGACCAAGCUGAAAAUAGGAUAAACCAGAAAAAAUACAAAAAUUUAGUAAGAGACGUUCCUUUGACUACAAAAUACAUAACAAUUUUUCCUCUAAUAGAGGCAAUUGUUUCAUGUUACCUGUGCCAAAAUGUUGCACAACAUAUAAUCAACCAAAUGAAGAAAUGUGUUUAUUAUACUGCAUACCAUUCUAGCAUUGAAGAAGUUGAGAAUACACUAGCAGAUGAGCCAUCUGAAAGCGAAAGUUUUGAAGAUGAGCCAGAUAGUGUUCUUGUGUGUGCACAAUUUCUUUUAAAUCAAUUGGAUAAAGCUAAUAUUGAAGAAGUUUGGAAAAUUUCUCAGAUUAUUGGACGCAAUAUCAAUCAUAUGAUUUUUUGCCUUUUUGAUGGAUCGUAUAGUUGCACCUGCUUACUGCGACAAAAAUUAGGGCUCGUGUGCAGGCAUUAUUUUCAUCUUUUAAAUGUUACGAGAGUAGCACGCUUCAGUAUGAAAUUAAUUAACAUUCGAUGGAUUUCAAGAAAAUAUCUUAAUAAUGCACUAAAUGAGCGAGACUAUUAUGGACAACGUAAAGAAGAUAUAAAUGAUGAUUUAGUAAAAGAACAACUAUUUUACAGGAAAGUGUGGGGCUUAAUACGUACUGCAACCAAUAAAUGCCUGUUACAUCGUGAUCAUGGGUUUAUUCAGUUGAUUGAAAAUUAUUUGGAUGAUGUGCAUAAACGUGAAGAGGAACUUGCUAAAAUACAUCAAGCAGAUGUAAGUGAUGAUUCUGAUGAAGAGAAUACAUGCCUAACUGUUCAACUUAAAAAUCCAUUAGUUGUUAAUACCAAAGGCAGACCAAAAUCAGCUAGUUACAAUAAAAAUAAUACAAACCAACAGUUAGUACAUAAAGGUAAAAGAAAGCGUGAUCGUGGUCUAAAUCUUUGCAGUUACUGUAAAGAAUUAGGACAUAACAUCGCUACGUGUUCUAAAAGGGUUACUGAUAAAAAGGAUUAG